UCAUUCAACUCCUUCCCCCCUCCCUACGUCCCUCAUCCUCAUCGGAUGACGGAUGAAAGCGCCGCAGCUCAACGCCGGGCAUCAGCCCACGAGAGGAAUCUGAGGCCGGGCUGCAGCGCUUCAUUUUUCCUCGUAGUGGACAGCGCCGGUUAGGGAAUGGGGACUGAAGAUGCAUGGAGAUUCGGGGUAUAAUUGUGAGAUCAGAAUUGGUCAAUUACAAACCAAAAUAGCCCUAUCUUUCUUCGAAAUAUCAGAUUGCUUCAAAGGAAAUCUCUGCAAGCUACAGCGCUGAAUCAAGCCCUGGCUCCGACACCUCGGAUGGCUAGCCUCAGCUGACCGAUAACUUAUUGUCACUGCUUCGCAACUGGAAUACUGAUUAUCAUUUAUGACUUGGAUUAACAAAGAUUUUGGAAGACAUGUCGUGACAGUAAGGUUCCAAGUGAAUCCUCACCUGACCGCAAACCCUCUGUCUUUUUUUUCUCGUCAGCAGUACCAAGGUGACGGUAUGUAGCUAGCUAGCUUACUAGCAAGCUUGCUUAGAUAGGCAGCUUUUGACAGGUAGCAUUUAAUGUAUAAUUAUCAAACGGUCUUUUAAAAUAACGUUAUAACUUAACAUAAGCAUGGUCGCUACACAUGAUGGAUUUGGUUUAAUUAAGCAAGGGUAGUACUUUGGUCUUCCCCUGCAGUAGGACGGUCACAGUAAGCUAUUAUAGCUACCUUUCAUCCAUCCUGUAACGUUAACGUUAGUGGUUCUGUUGGAUAGCUCCAUGGCUGUGCGAGGAAGCAGAUUGUCUGUCAGCAAUUGUCCUAUGGACAGAAUAUCAUCACCGGUCACCAUAGUAUAGAUUUACGAGUCGUUUAAACUUUCAUCCAUCCACUUAGUAUAAUACCAAAAUAGUUAGGGAAAUAAACUCUUGUCUCUAUUCGACGUGUGUCUUAGUGUUGGAAUGGAGCCCACAGACUUAUAAGCUUUUUGUAUAAUGUUAGCUAUCGAAAUAGAUAGCUCUGUAUUUGUACAAUACAGAAGGUGGUACUUAGAUUGUUAGUAAAAUGUUAUUUAUUUAUUAUAAACUACCUGUCAUAUCAGUGUGGAGCAGGGAACCUUUCGACCAUCUUUAAGGCGCGUUAAGCAGCUCCCCAUCAUCUAAGCCCGUGCGUUUCGGCUGCAGCCUAAUUCUGUAUCAUGUCUGAUUUGAAGGUUUAUGGGACUCUGUUGUGGACGCAGGGUCGGUAGUGCAUAGCCUUCUCGGACUGGUCAUUUAGAUGACUAAUUUAUGAGUUAUUUGAGGAAAUUACUUUGAAACGAUGUUAUCAUCAGUUGACAGACGCCAACUUACUUCAGUUUGCCACUGAGUUGUAAGAAUACUACCGGGUGUGGACGAUUUGGGCCAUUGUUAACUGUAACAAUCGAUUAUUACCGAAGCAAUCACGUAUCAAUCUCUAGCUAAAACCUGUACUAUAGGCUUACGGGUGUGACAUAUUGCGUUAAAUGUUAGAAGGCUAUGUCACAUCACACACAGUGGGUUUACAUCAUGUAUGUGGUCAGCCGUUUCUUCGUCAAUCCGUGCGGAUGACACGGCCACCAGUCUUUAGGGGAGAUUGUAAAAACCCUGUCGCUGGGCUGUCAGUGGUAGCAGCUACACUGAAAUAGGCUACUUGAUUGCCCAUAUCGCUGGAAAGAACGUUUAUAUCCAAGCCAGUUAGUCAUGUAGCUCGGAGGUUCUCAAGCUCUUUUGUUAUUCCGCACUCUGCAGAUCGAUGACUGCGGUGUUACACACACUGUUAUUCACAAUUAUUGUGUCCCUCUUGUAUAUAGAUGUACAGUCGUUUGGUUACUUUUUUGGCGGGGUUAUCCUAACAGUGCUGGUUGCUAUGGCAUUUUUAAAUGGACCCAGAUUACUAGACUGGGCGAAUUCACCUCCACAUCUUCAGUUUAACAAAUAUGUCCUAACUGGAUAUCGACCAAUAUCGUCGGUUCAAGACUGCAUUCGAAGUCUUUUUUAUCUGCACAAUGAACUGGGAAAUAUCUACACGCAUGGCAUCCCGCUGCUAUGCUUCCUGGUGCUGCUCCCUCUCAACAUCCCCUGGUCCCAGAUCAGUGUGACGUGGCUGGGUGUGGUGCACUUCCUGGCCUGCCUGUCUCCCCAACUGGGCUCGGUGCUCUACCACCUGUUCAUGAACCACGAGGGCGGUGAGCCCGUCUACCACACGCUCCUCACCCUGGACAUGUGCGGCAUCUGCAUGAUCAACACCCUGGGUGCCCUCCCCAUCGUGUAUAGCACGCUGCUCUGCUACCCGUUCACGCGAACGGUGGCGCUGCUCGUGUACAUCCUGCUGUCCAGUUACGCCAUCUACUGUGCCAUCACGGCACGCAGCAGCGUUCGGCGUCUGCGCUCCUUCGCCUGGCAGGCGCUCUUCCGCUUCUCCUUCUUCCUGCUGCGCUGGGCGGGCGUGGGGGGCGGAAGCCCCACGUCGCUGCGCCACUUCCUCACCAUGGACGCGCUGGCCGUGCUCGGCGGGGUCAUCAACAUCACGCGCAUCCCCGAGCGCUUCCGUCCGGGCCUCUUCGACUACUGGUGCAACAGCCACCAGAUCAUGCACGUGCUGGUGGUGGGCUCCAUCCUCUACCUGCACUGGGGCGUGCUGGACGACCUGCUGUGGAUCAACAGCUACCACUGUCCCUCGGACUGAGCGUG